AUGCAUCCUUCACGGCAGGCCUAUGUAGAGGAGGCAGAGCCUGAGGAUAGGGGUAUUGAUCUCCAGAAUAUCCCUCUCGAUCAUGACUAUGAGAUGCCAUCAGCCACGGCUGGUAUUGCCCCUGAAAGAGCCUCCGCAAUCCUCAACCAAUUCAACCGCAAACGAAAAGCUGCUGCGAUAGCAGUACCGACAGACGAUGGACGAGUACGCGCCAGGUUACGGGAGAUGGGCGAGCCCAUAACGCUCUUCGGCGAGGGUCUAGGGGACCGGAGAGAUCGUUUGCGCCAGCUAAUGGCGAUUCAGGCGGAGAUUGAUGAGGCUGAAGAUGAUGAUGGGGAUGCGCGGAUGGGAGGGGUUGAGGAGGAUGAAAAUGGAGAACAGGAGGAGGAGUUUUAUACGAAAGGGUUACCGGAGUUGGUUGAGGCGCGGAGAGAUAUAGCACGAUAUUCAUUACCGAGGGCGAAACGGCGGAUUGCGACGCAGAAGGUUGAAUCGACUAUACCAUUACGGACGCAUGUCAAGUUUCGAAAGGAGAUCAAGGAGAGGUUACAGGGCUUUGAGUUACAGGGAAGUCAGAUGGCGGGGGAACGACCGGUUAGUAUGGUGAGGUUUUCGCCGAAUGGAGAGAUGAUUGCUGCUGGGAAUUGGGGGGGUGGGAUUAAGUUAUUGACGGUACCGAAUUUGGAGGAGAGCCGGACGUUGAGAGGUCAUACAGACAGGAUAGGAGGGAUAACGUGGCAUCCUGAGGCGACACUUGAGGGAACGAACGUCUCGACAUCAUCGUUAAAUCUUGCUUCUGGUGGAGCGGAAGGCAAUGUUCAUUUAUGGUCACUAGACCAAGACACACCUCUCGCUACAUUAUCCGGCCAUAACCAGCGAGUGUGCCGGACAGAAUUCCAUCCAUCAGGCAAAUACCUCGCCUCGGCCUCAGAAGACACAACAUGGCGACUCUGGGACGUAACCACAACAACCGAACUCCUCCUCCAAGAAGGCCACUCCCGAGGUGUCUUCGCCCUAUCAUUCAACACCGACGGCUCCCUCUUAGCUUCCGCAGGAAUGGACAGCAUAGGCCGCAUCUGGGACCUCCGCACCGGCCGCACAGUCAUGAUCCUCGAAGGCCACAUCCGCCCCAUCUACGCCCUCGACUGGGGCGUCGACGGCCACCGCGUGCUCUCGGGCUCGGGCGACGGCUGGAUCAAAUGCUGGGACGUCCGCAAAGUGCAGCCGUCUGGCGGGGUCGGCGCGCACAAAAGCGUCGUCUCUGACUUACGCUGGUAUAAAGGCGAUGGCGAGCUGCCUAGUGCUGGGAAACCGAAGAAAGCCGGGACGUUCUUCGUUUCGAGUGGCUUUGAUAAGAAUAUUAAUGUUUUUUCGGCGGAUGAUUGGGGGUUGGUGCAGAGUCUGAGUGGUCAUACGGGGAAUGUGCAUGCGGUUGAUGUGGAGAGGAGGGGGAGGUGGAUUGUUAGUGGCGGGUAUGAUCGUACUGUUAAGUUGUGGGGGAGGAAUGAUAUGGAGGAGUUGUAG